AUGCCGUCGACCAAGGAAGAUGUGCUCUUGCGUCGCGCGGUCAGCCUCCCUGCUUCCGUUUACUUUCCGGACAGUCAUGGCCAGAAUCUCUCUCGCCUUCGGGCUGCUCGUGGUGGCACUGAUAGGGUCUGCCGAGGCCAGGAGCCCCAUAUUCCCAGGAAUCAGGCCGGGCUACGACUGCGGCUUCAUCUAUUGCCCCGCCAUCUACGCCCCCGUUUGCGGCAGCGACAGGAGGACGUACCCGAGUCGGUGCAACCUGGAGGUGGCCAGAUGCUGGAACCCGCGGCUGAGACUCGUGGGGCCGGGAGUGUGUCGCGCUAGGACCACCGGAACAAAAGCUUCGUUCACGUUGAUUCCUCCUCCAGUCUUCUCUGACACUCCCCCUUCCCUUUCUCCUCCUGUAUCCCCCCUUCCCCUUCCUCCCAGUCGGACGUCAACGUUACUGCGGCCUUCAGUACUCACUACG